AUGUUCGUCGACGUCAUGGUCCGGGUCGCGCUGGCGACAUUGAUUGUUGGCGUUGUGAUGCUCUUUGGCACCUGGAUCUACCGAAUAACCCUUCACCCUUUGGCGCAUAUACCAGGCCCAAAACUUGCAGCCAUGACCAAGUUCUAUGCAAUGUUUUGGGACUGGCGACCCGCGUCUUCUUACAUCAAGAAUUUCGCUAAAUGGCACCAGCAGUACGGGCCCGUCGUCCGAAUCGAGCCAAACCAUGUACACAUCCUCGAUAUUGAUGCGUACAACCAAGUAUUCCAGAUUGGCACCAAGUUUUAUCGUGACCCGGCUCUCUAUAGUGUUCCAAUAUUACGAGGAGGCUUCUUCAAUAAGCUGCAUGUCAGGGAGGCAAAACCACAUCGGGACCUCUAUUCACCCUACUUUUCACGCAAUGCGGUCAAGAAUCUCGAGCCCUUCAUUCGAGACCAUCUACAAGUCUUUCUGCAAAGGAUCGACGAGAUGGCAGCAAACAAUGAUGCGAUCGAUCUGAGCCUUACGACAAACCUUUUGGGGCUUUACAAUCGCCGGACUUUUAAGUAUCAGAUGCUGGAAGAUCUUGAGAGGUUCUUCGAUUUCUCGGCAACUCAAACAGGCUACAUACCAACUCUCGCAACCUCGCUGGUUGAUCUAGCAGGAAGAGUUCCCCGGCCUUGGUUAAAAUCGAUUCCAGGCCUUCGUGCAGCAUUCAGUAACCUCGACGGAUGUCACAAAAGAGUCGUUGAGUUGAGGAAAGAGACUUCAGCUCAGCAGACUCCAUCAGUCUUUCGUACUGCGCUGCACCCAGACCUUAAAAAACAUCAGCCUGUUUUCAAUGACAAGGUUCUCGCUGCUGAUGCUUUUACGAUAUUCACAGCAGGCACCGAUACCACAGCCCAUACGCUAGUCACAGGCACAUGGUAUCUCCUCCAAGAUCCUUCAGUCAUGGAACAGCUCCGGAAAGAGCUCAAGUCGGCCAUACCCGACAGCACUGAUGUAUCGCUCACGUGGUCUUCACUUGAGUCGCUUGAAUAUCUCACUGCGGUGAUCAAAGAGUCGCUACGCCUAUCUUAUGGCGUGCCGGGCAAAUUGCCUCGCAUGGUCCCGCCAGCAGGUGCUGAGCUUGCUGGAUAUCGACUUCCAGGCGGCACUGCGCUCAGUAUGUCCUGCUACAUAUAUCAUCAGCAUCCAGCCUACUUUGCAGAACCUGAGAAGUUCCUGCCCGAACGAUGGCUUGAUCGUGAGCAAGCAGCGAGUAUGGAGAAGUACUUCAUGCCCUUCAGCCGAGGGAGCAGAGGCUGUAUCGGGCAGAACUUGGCGUGGGCAGAGCUGUACUAUACGUUCGCCUUCCUGUUCCGCCGUUUCCAGCUGGAGGCAUUCGAGACUACUGAGGCCGAUAUGGAGUGGCACGACGCGUUCGUGGUCGCAACGUUUGGACACCUCAAGGUCAAAGCACGAAAGUUAAGCUCUUGA